AUGGCAACUCCCUCCAGGACCCGCAGCCACCACGGUCGCGUCGCUUCCCAGGAUGAGCGCAAACGCGUCGCCAUCCCCCGUCGCUCCACCAAAGGCCCGCUUGACGCCGACUUCGACGAUCCGCUAGCCGAUCAUCCUGCUGCAGCUGCCUCACCAGCACCUACCCUCUCGCCCAGGCCCAUCUCACGCGUUUCUCACUCGCCCAUUCGCAGCUCUCCGCUGUCUCCCUCCGUCGUCUCUAGGCCCACGACACCGGUACCACCACCCGCCGUCGAACCUCCCGAAAAGGACUUCUCCCACCUCCUCAGCCCGCAGAUCUACCACCCUCUGCCCCCGCAAUCUGUCCCGCAAUCCUUCCUCUCCGCUCCGCAUCAACCUCCGCCCUCCACCCCGCUCCGAUCCCUGCUAGACAGCGGCCACUACCGCCUUGCUGCCAUCGCCGCCGCACAUAUCCUCACCAAAGAUACCUCACCCAACGACCAGUUGCGCAUCUUCUCUCUCUUGUAUUUGCGUCUGGCCUGCCUGACGCUACUGAAUCAACAUGCCAUGGCCGCGGUGGAAGCCAAGGCUCUUGGCGACUUGAGCAGCACAUUCUAUAAAAACCCAAUAACAGGACAGCACAUAGUUCCCUGGGAACUGCGCGUGCUGGCUGUACGUCUGAUCGGCCUGGGAUACGGCGAUUGGCGACGCGGCGUUAUGGGCUACUAUGAGCUAGGCCGGGAGGCGCGACAGGAAGCCAUCCGAGCAGCUCCGGGCAGUGACCAGAAGAAGCUGUGGAAAGGAAGAUUACGAGAGCUGGGCAUAAGGACUGCGAACGCGCUGGUAGAGAUGGGUGAAUGCGAAGGUGCGGCAAGGCACCUGUCGGGAUUGGUGCGGGCAGAUGUAGGCACCGAGAAAGAGGAUGAGGCAGACAAGCUAAGCGCCGAGGCGGCGCGAUUGAAGAGCAUGGAAGCUUUGGUCUGGCUCAGGGCAGGCGACGUGGAUGCUGCAAAGCGCUGCGUCGCGGCCUCGCCUUCGCCUGCUCCGCAUACGCCCUCGACUGCCGAGGCGCCUCCACCAACAGACCCUUUGAACGCUCUGAUCGCCAUGGCGGAAGCCGACUAUGAGGCGGCGCUCGAGGUCUGGACUGCGUUGGCUGCACAGUCGCCCACUGACCCCAUGAUCAGGCAGAAUCGCGCCGUCUGCCUGCUCUACGUAGGCCGCAUUUUGGAGGCGCGGGAGACUCUCCAGAACAUGGUGGAGGAGAGCGCAGAUUCGGCCGCCGCGUUCCAUGCGCUGACGUUCAACCUCAGCACCAUCUACGAGCUGUGCACCGAGAGAUCGAGAGAAAGGAAGCUAGAGCUCGUAGAUAAGGUUGCGGCGUUGGAGCCGGGGGUCAUGGGGUGGGAGCGGAGCGCGACCGAUUUCAAGCUCUGA